CGGAAGCGGCGCCGCCAUGGAGGAGGACGAGCCGGAGCUGGAGGCCGGGCUGGAGGCGGCGCUGGAGCUGGCGCCCGCCGUGCAGGCCGCCAUCGAGCAGGUAUUUCCCAGUCAAGAUCCACUGGACAGAGCAGAUUUCAAUGCUGUGGAGUAUAUUAAUGCUCUCUUUCCCACUGAGCAAUCUUUGGCAAACAUCGAUGAAGUCGUGAACAAGAUCAGGUUGAAAAUAAGGAGGCUGGAUGACAACAUUCGAACUGUGGUGAGGGGACAGACCAACGUGGGACAGGAUGGCAGGCAGGCCUUGGAAGAAGCCCAGAAAGCCAUUCAACAGCUCUUCGGUAAAAUUAAGGAUAUUAAAGACAAGGCUGAAAAAUCUGAACAAAUGGUGAAGGAGAUCACCCGGGAUAUCAAGCAGCUGGACCAUGCCAAGCGUCACCUAACCACCUCCAUCACCACCCUCAACCACCUCCACAUGCUGGCAGGGGGCGUGGAUUCUCUGGAGGCUAUGACCAGGAGGAGACAAUAUGGGGAAGUCGCCAACCUUCUCCAAGGUGUCGUGAAUGUGUUGGAGCACUUCAACAAGUACAUGGGGAUCCCUCAGAUUCGACAGCUCUCUGAAAGGGUGAAGGCAGCACAGAAUGAGCUGGGGCAGCAGAUCCUGGCUGACUUCGAGGAAGCCUUUCCUUCUCAAGGUACCAAGAGGACUGGUGGGCCCAGCAACGUCCUACGUGAUGCCUGCCUGGUAGCCAACGUCCUGGAUCCCAGGAUCAAACAGGAAAUCAUCAAGAAAUUUAUUAAACAACACCUCUCGGAGUAUCUGGUCCUUUUCCAGGAAAAUCAAGAUGUGGCCUGGCUGGAUAAGAUCGACCGGCGCUACGCUUGGAUCAAGAGGCAGCUGGUGGAUUACGAGGAGAAGUACGGGCGCAUGUUCCCCGCGGAGUGGUGCAUGACGGAGCGCAUCGCCGUGGAGUUCUGCCACGUCACCAGGGCAGAGCUCUCUAAGAUCAUGCGCACGAGGGCGAAGGAGAUCGAGGUGAAGCUGCUUUUGUUUGCAAUUCAGAGAACAACCAACUUCGAAGGGCUCCUGGCCAAGCGCUUCUCAGGCUGCACUCUUACUGAUGGCACAGUGCAGAAGAAGCCAGAAGUGCCACCUCCCUCCACCAACCCUUUUCUGGAGGAUGAAACUGGGGCAGAGGCAGAUGAGAUUGUGAUGGAGAAAAGUGAUACGGACAAACCAAAGAAGCCAAAAGUCCCUGACAAUCCUUUCCAUGGCAUUGUUUCCAAGUGCUUUGAGCCUCACCUCUACGUGUAUAUCGAGUCCCAGGACAAGAAUCUGGGCGAGCUGAUUGACAGGUUUGUGGCUGACUUCAAGGCUCAGGGUCCCCCCAAGCCCAACGUGGACGAAGGAGGAGCCGUCCUGCCCAGCUGUGCUGACCUCUUUGUGUACUACAAGAAGUGCAUGGUGCAGUGCUCCCAGCUCAGCACUGGCGAGCCCAUGAUCGCCCUGACCACCAUCUUCCAGAAGUACCUGCGGGAAUACGCCUGGAAGAUUCUCUCUGGAAACCUGCCCAAGACCACCAGCAGCAGUGGUGGGCUCACCAUCACAAGUUUGCUGAAAGAAAAGGAAGGCUCUGAAGUGGCAAAGUUUACUUUAGAAGAACUCUGCCUCAUUUGCAGCAUCCUAAGUACUGCAGAGUAUUGCCUGGCCACCACCCAGCAGUUGGAAGAGAAGCUCAAAGAAAAAGUGGACGCGAGCCUAAUGGAGAGAAUCAACCUGACAGGAGAGAUGGACACUUUCAGCGUUGUGAUCUCCAACAGCAUCCAGCUGUUAGUGCAGGACCUGGAUGCAGCCUGUGACCCUGCCCUGACUGCUAUGAGCAAGAUGCAGUGGCAGAACGUGGAACACGUCGGUGACCAGAGUCCUUAUGUCACCUCAGUCAUCCUCCACAUCAAACAGAAUGUCCCCAUCAUCCGUGACAACCUGGCCUCCACCAGGAAGUAUUUCACUCAGUUCUGCAUAAAAUUUGCGAACUCCUUCAUUCCCAAGUUCAUUAACCAUCUCUUCAAGUGCAAACCGAUCAGCAUGGUGGGUGCAGAACAGCUGCUGCUGGACACUCACUCUCUGAAGAUGGUUCUCCUGGAUCUGCCCUCCAUUGGGUCCCAAGUGGUGAGGAAGGCUCCUGCCAGCUACACAAAGAUAGUGGUGAAAGGCAUGACUCGGGCUGAAAUGAUCCUGAAGGUGGUGAUGGCUCCACAUGAGCCCCCAGUUGUGUUUGUGGACAAUUACAUCAAGCUGCUCGCUGACUGCAGCACCGACACAUUCCAGAAGAUCCUCGACAUGAAGGGCCUGAAGAGGAGCGAGCAGAGCAGCAUGUUGGACCUUUUCCGCCUGCGCCUCCCCGCUCCUCCUCCCGGCGGGGACAGCGCCGGCUCCCUCUCGCUGAGCGCUCCCACGCCCGAGCAGGAAUCCUCUCGGAUACGCAAACUGGAGAAACUCAUCAAGAAGAGACUCUGAGGGAGCAGAGGGAAACUCCGGGGCUGGCGGCAGCGGAGCUCGUCAGGCUCGUGAUUUACGGCGCGCUGCUGAAACACCCGUGUGCUGUCGCUCCCAAUCCCCGUGAUCCCUUAACCAUCGUGUCCUGCGACCUUUUCAGACCGAGGAAGGAUCUGAGCAAGGUGUUUGCCCUUAGCUUAGCAGGAGUGAAACCCAGGAGGACGUUGCCAGGUCCACGUGAUGGAGGAAAUAGAGGCGUCUGGAAGCCAGCAGCUACAGAAACAAUUUAGGUGGAUUCGGAGACUGUCUGGCUGUGAUACUCUUGGUGUGGCAGCUUUUACCCUGGCUGAGCUCCUGCUGCAGCACUGAGGGGUUUGCCUCAGUUCUGUGUUACUGCUCACUCCCUGCUGCAGAGCUGUUCCUCUGAUUCAUUAUUUAUUGUGGGGUUGUGGGGGGAACCGACCCCAAACCGUCACCACCACCAACCCCCGGACCCUUUAACAGCUGGGAUCUGGAAUCUGCAGCUCCGCUGAAUCACUGAGAUGCCCAGGAGGGAACCCCGAGGCAGACUUCUCCCCUGCUCCCAGGACAGGCAUGCAUAAAGCACCGUGAAACAGCAAGGCAAAUCCUUUUCAGAACAGGAGGAAAGGGCUGAAUUAAUGCCUUCUGCACCUUGGCAAAGCUCCUGCCAACCAGCUGGCAGCCUUGGCUGCUGUUAGAGCUUAAAGGCCAAGCAGGACAUGUGUGGAGCCCUCUCCAGCUGCUUUGGCAUUUCCCUGGCGUGUGCUGGGCUCACCCGCUGUCCCCAGUGGGAGUUCCCAUCCUUCCUGGCCAGCAUCUCUCCCUCUCUCCACAAAGAGCCCUUCAUGGAGCGAGUGUCAGACUGCUCCAGCCCCUCAUUCUCACUCCAGCUGGCGUGUCCCGAGCAGGGAUGUGUCACCUUGGCACCUCUGCUGCCCUGCAAGGAGAGGUGCUGGAAAUGUUGGCUCUGUCAGGGAGCCAGGGCCACUUGCUGGCACGGGAGGCUUUCAGCAGGCCCUCUCCUCCUCCUGCUCCUCUGAGCUUCAGCUUGCAGCAGUGCAGAGGGCAGGAGAGCCAGCAGUGAAGUAUUUUGGAUAGCCCAGGCCCCUCUUCCCGUGGCCCAGCUCCCGGCUCCCAGCCGCAGAGCCAGCGUGGGGCAGGGUUGGGAUCAGUGGAUGCUUCCCCAAGGAGUCUCCAUGCAGGGAGGCUUCACCUUGUCCUUAGCACUGCUGGAUUUCUUCCCAAACUCCUCUGUGCCCUUUCUGGGAGACUCUGAAGGCAUCUGCCCAACCCUGAGUGAAUGCCACGUGAGGGUAGGGCAGGUCAACCAGUCGUGCCUGUGUUAUUUAACUCAAGCUUCACUUGCAUGUGCAGGGAAAGAAAUCCUGUACCAGUGUGGCAGGUGAAGAACAACCAUGCUGUCAGAGGCCUUCCUGGGAGGGUUGUGCUCCCCUCCAGAGCAAGUUUGGGCCUCAGGACUGUAUUUAUUUAGGGGCUAUAAUCACAGGGAUUGUAAAAAUCACUGCUGCAUGUCAGGGAGGGGGGAGAUCAGACUCCAGGAACGUGAGCUCCAUCCACCCAAACCUUCACUGGGCUGGGGAGUGAAGAGCAGCAGUCACACCUGUGGGGGAGGGACAGCAGUUUCUCAUCACUCCAGUUUUACAAAUCUGCUGUUGCCUCAUUUACUUCUUCUCCUGAUUCCCUGUUAGGUGACAGAAGGAACGGUUGAAAGCGCCUUGGGGCUCUGAGCAGCCGUUCCCCAAGGACAGAUCAUGUCAAGGUGAGUGUGCAGGAUGGCUCAGGAGUUACCACACUGCAGAGCUGCAGAGGAGGGAACAUGGGUUUGCAGAGAUUCGUUAUUCCCUUGAGGGGAUGAAUAAUUUAUUUUAGAUGAAUUUUUUUCUUUGCUUUGUCUAAGGCUAAGUCUCUCACUGAAUUAUGAAUAGCUGAAGACGGUGUUGAAGUUAUCAUUGUGCGUCUUACCCAAAGGCUUCCCCCAUUUCAUUCUCUGCAUUUCAUUCUGUAGAUAAGAGGAAAUAAAAGGAGAAAUGAAUUUUUAGUUUCAGCCUUUGAAGAAUGCUACGGGGCUGGGUGUUUUUUGGAGUUCCGCUUUCAGAGAGCAAAUCCAGUUUUCUACUUCUGCUGUAAGAGUUCUGUGCCCCUGGCUCUUGGGUGUUUAUUAGAUUUGGCAGGUCUCUAUUUGUGCAUUAGCUCUUUGGAGUUUACGGCUUUGGGGAGUAAAGGAUGAUUAUGUGUUUUCUGUACAAAAUGCCACUUUUUAUGGUUUCAGGCCGGGGUGUAAUUCUGGCUGUACGUGGGGUGUGACACUAAAAUGAAUUAAAUGCUUACUGAUGCUC